GGCGACGUUGUUUGCUCGGAGCUCGUCGGUUGAUUUUUUUUUGCCUGUGUGGUGGUGUGAUUCGAAAGGGAGGAUUUGGAUUUGGAGAUGUCUUCACUCACUUCCGUCGAAUUGAAUUUUCUGGUUUUCCGAUAUCUUCAAGAAUCAGGGUUUACACACUCUGCGUUCACUCUAGGUUAUGAGGCAGGGAUAAAUAAAUCCAACAUUGAUGGGAAUAUGGUUCCACCUGGUGCUCUUAUCAAAUUUGUUCAAAAGGGACUCCAGUACAUGGAGAUGGAAGCUAAUUUGAGCAAUGGUGAAGUGGACGUUGAUGAGGAUUUCUCAUUCUUUCAACCCUUGGAUCUGAUUUCAAAGGAUGUAAAGGAGUUGCAGGAUAUGCUGAGGGAAAAGAAGAGGAAAGAGAGGGAUAGGGAGAAGGAAAGAGACAGAUCUAAAGACAACGAUAAAGAGGUUGAACGAGAACAUGAAGGAGAUCGCAACCGAGCAAAGGAAAAAGAUAGGCACGAGAAACAGAAGGAACGAGAGAGGGAAAGGGAAAGGAUUGAACGAGAAAAGGAGAGGGAACUUCAGACUUUGCUGAUAUUUUGUGACAUGCAACAUCUGUUUUCCAAUAUGAGUCUGUGUGUUUUUAUUUGUACAGGUGCAGAACCUAUGGAUAUCUCGAUGACUCCUACAUCUCAGACAAAUCACAUUCCUAGUUCUGAUGUGAGGAUUUUGGAAGGGCAUACUUCCGAGGUUUGCGCUUGUGCAUGGAGUCCCUCGGCUUCACUUCUUGCAUCAGGGUCUGGUGAUGCAACAGCGCGGAUCUGGAGUAUUCCUGAAGGAUCAUUCAAAUCUGUGCAUACUAGUAGUAGUAGUAUCAACGCUUUGAUUCUGAAGCAUGCAAAAGGCAAGUCAAAUGAGAAGAGCAAGGAUGUGACCACUCUUGACUGGAAUGGUGAAGGGUCUUUACUUGCAACUGGUUCAUGUGAUGGCCAAGCAAGAAUCUGGACUGCAAACGGUGAUUUGAUAAGUACUUUGAGCAAACACAAGGGCCCUAUUUUUUCCCUGAAGUGGAACAAGAAGGGAGACUAUCUUCUAACCGGUAGUGUUGAUAGAACCGCUGUUGUUUGGGAUGUAAAGGCAGAGGAGUGGAAGCAACAAUUUGAAUUUCAUUCAGGUCCUACACUUGAUGUUGAUUGGCGCAACAAUGUAUCUUUCGCAACAAGCUCCACGGACACCAUGAUCUACUUAUGUAAGAUUGGAGAAACUAGGCCUGUCAAAGUCUUCGCCGGGCAUCAGGGCGAGGUUAAUUGCGUGAAAUGGGAUCCUACUGGUUCAUUAUUGGCUUCAUGCUCAGACGAUAGUACUGCUAAGAUAUGGAGUGUAAAACAAAACACUUUUGUUCAUGACCUCCAAGAGCAUACUAAGGAAAUUUAUACAGUCAGAUGGUGCCCUUCAGGACCAGGAACUAACAAUCCUAACAAACAGCUAACUAUUGCAAGUGCAUCAUUUGACUCAACAGUAAAGCUAUGGGAUGCAGAACUCGGGAAGAUGCUAUGUAGUUUCAACGGGCACGGGGGACCGGUUUACUCACUGGCGUUUAGUCCAAACGGGGAGUACAUAGCGAGUGGGUCGUUGGACAAAUCGAUCCUCAUAUGGUCGAUAAAAGAAGGGAAAAUAGUGAAGACAUAUACAGGAUAUGGAGGCAUAUUCGAAGUGUGCUGGAACAAAGAAGGUAACAAAAUCGCAGCUUGCUUUGCUGAUAACUCAGUCUGCGUUCUUGAUUUCAGGAUGUAGUUGUCUUAAUUGUAGUCCUAAUCUCAGACCAAGGAGGUUUUUUUCCAUUUUGUUGUUGCACAUAUUUAUAUUAUAAACACUAAAUGCGAAUGACGAAGAAUGUGAAAUUGUACUUGAGAUUAAUCUUCA